AUGACAUCUCCCGAUUUCAAUAUCUCAUCUGCUACAGCUCGUGAAUACGAAUCUAAGUAUUCGGCUCACAACUAUCAUCCCUUACCUGUCGUUUUCCACAGGGCAAAAGGCGCUCAUGUCUGGGACCCCGAGGGGAAGGAAUACCUUGAUUUUCUUUCAGCCUACUCUGCUGUAAAUCAGGGCCAUUGUCACCCAAAGAUAAUCGAAGCAUUAAUUGAUCAGGCUCAAACGCUUACCUUGUGCUCAAGAGCAUUCUCCUCAGACGUAUUUGGAGUUUAUGCCAAGUACAUUACCGAAUUCUUCAACUACGAUGUAGUGCUACCAAUGAAUACAGGUGCCGAAGCAGUUGAAACCGGUUUGAAAGUUGCUAGAAGAUGGGGGUACGUUAAAAAGAAUAUUCCUCAAAAUGAAGCAAUUAUAUUGUGUGCUCAAAACAACUUCCAUGGAAGAACUUUGGGUGUUAUUUCAAUGUCAACUGAUCCAGAUGCUAGAACUAAUUUUGGCCCUUAUUUGCAAAAUGUAGGUCCACAAAUCCCAGGUGCUUCUAAGGGGAAAAUCAUAAGAUACGGUGUCAUUGAAGACAUUGAAGAAGCCUUUAAAAAUGCCGGUGAUAAGAUUGCAGCGAUUUUAUUAGAACCAAUUCAAGGUGAAGCAGGUAUCGUGGUGCCUCCACAAGAUUAUUUCCCCAAAGUUCAAGAAUUGUGCAAAAAAUACAAUGUCUUGUUGAUUUGCGAUGAAAUCCAAACAGGUAUUGCCAGAACUGGUAAAAUGUUAUGUUACGAACAUUACAAAGGAGUUAGACCGGAUAUAGUCUUAUUGGGUAAAGCUAUCUCUGGAGGUGUCAUGCCAGUAUCAGCGGUUUUAGCUUCAAAAGAUAUAAUGUCAACUUUGGAGCCAGGUUCACAUGGUUCAACUUAUGGUGGUAACCCAUUGGCAUGUAGAGUUGCAAUAGCAGCACUACAAGUUGUAAAGGAUGAAAAUUUGGUUGAAAGAUCAGAAAAGUUGGGCAAUUUCCUUAAAUCGAAAUUAGAAGAAUUGAAAGACUCGAGUAAUGGAAUGAUUAGUGAAGUUAGAGGUAAGGGUUUAUUAUCUGCUAUUGUUAUUGAUGAAUCACAAACAAAUGGUAGAACUGCAUGGGAUUUGUGUUUGUUGAUGAAAGACCAUGGUGUCUUGGCCAAGCCAACUCACGAUAAUAUAAUUAGAUUAGCCCCACCUUUAGUGAUUAGUGAAGAAGAUUUGUUAAAGGGUAUCGAUGCUAUAAGAGAAUCGUUGAAGAAUUUGCCAACUGUUGAAAAGACAGCUCAUUAA